AUGCUUCGGCUUGCUCAUACAGCAACUAGUCAAGAUCGAGAGUGCAAAGAAGAUACAGUUAUCUUGGGCCAUGUCAUCCCCAAGGGUACCACCGUCAUCGUCCCAAACCGGGGUCCAAGCUUUACUGAGCCGGGAUAUGAGAUCGAGGAACGCCUGCGGAGCACAUCUUCGAGAAAAGCAGCCACCGAUUUUGGUUCCAGGGUCUGGGACUCCCAGGAGAUGGGAAAGUCAAGCCGGAUCGUUGGCUUGUACGAGAUGAGAAGGGUAAUGAUGAAUAUAAUGGUUCUGCAGGGCCGACCUUGCCCUUCGGCCUUGGACUUCGCGGUUGCUUCGGACGAAAGCUGGCAUACAUGGAAAUGA